UGAAUUUUUAAUUAAUUUAAUUUUAUUUUUAUUAUUUUUUAAAAUUAAUUUUAUUUUAAUGAGAGAUACAGAGAGCAAGAGCACUGCAGUUCUGGCUUCUGGUGGUGUCUCAGGCAUGAGAGUCUUUGGCAUAACUACUAUGCUGUCUCCUCAGCCGUCCUAUGAUCAUUUUUAGAUUUUGCUCUGGGGAAUGAGUCCUGGGCCUUGUGUAUGUCCCAUACUCCCUCUAAGUGCCUUCCCUGAGUCAAAUUCUUCAUUUUCUUUUUUUAAAAUUUCUUUAUUGAGGAAUUAAUGUUUUACAUUCAACAGUAAAUACAGUAGUUUGUACAUGCAUAACAUUCCCCAGUUUCCCAUAUAACAAUACACCCCCCACUAGGUCCUCUGUCAUCCUUCUUCAUUUUUUUUCUUUUAAAACAUUUUAAUAUUUAUUUAUUUAUUUUCCCUUCUGUUGUCCUUUUUUGUUAUUGUUGUUGUUGUAGCUAUUAUUGUUGUUCUUAUUGACAUCAUCAUUGUUGGAUAGGACAGAAAGAAAUGGAGAGAGGAGGGGGAGAGAAAGAUACCUGCAGAUCUGCUUCACCACUUGUGAAGCGACUCCCCUGCAGGUGGGGAGUCGGGGACUUGAACCGGGAUCCUUAUGCCGGUCCUUGAGCUUUGUGCCAUCUGUGCUUAACCUGCUGCACUACCGGCUGACUCCCUCUUUUUAAAAAAAUUAUUUAUUUAUUUAUUCCCUUUUUGUUUUGUUUUUGUCGUUAUUAUUAUUGUGUUGUUGUUGUUGGAUAGGACAGAGGGGAAGAUAGAGAGGGAGUUAGAAAUAUAGACACCUGCAGACCUGCCUCACCGCUUGUGAAUCGACUCCCCUGCAAGUGGGGUGCCGAGGGCUCAAAUCGGGAUCCUUAUGCUGGUCCUUGUGCUUUGCGCCACUUGCGCUUAACCCACUGUGCUACUGCCUGACUCCCAAAUUCUUCAUUUUCAAGAAAGGAAGAAGGAGGAGAGACACAAAGGCAACACUCCACCGUCCACACAGCUCCCUUGGUGUUAACUAGGGCACUCCCGGGUGGUUCCAGGGCUCAAACCCAGGGCCAGGAGUUGGGCUGUAGUGCAACAGGUUAAGCCCAUAUGACGUCAAGUGCAAGGACCAGCGUAAGGAUCCUGGUUCGAGCCCCCGGCUCCCCACCUGCAGGGAAGUCGCUUCACAGGCAGUGAAGCAGGUCUGUAGGUGUCUAUCUUUCUCUCCCCCUCUCUGUCUUCCCCUCCUCUCUCCAUUUCUCUCUGUCCUAUCCAACAACAUCAUUAACAACAAUAAUAACUAUAACAACAAUAAUAACUACAACAACAAUGAAAAACAACAAGGGCAACAAAAGGGAAAAUAGAUAAAUAAAUAUUAAAAAUUAAAAUAAAAAAACCAAAAACCCAGGGCCUCCUGCACAGCAGGCUUGCUCAGGAGUGUCGUCAGUGUCCCCUGCUGGUUGUCUUCCAAAAGCCAGACCCCAUAUCCUUGUCCUUUGAAGCUCGGAAGACUACCAACAACUCAGCUUCCUUUUUUAAAUAUCUUAUUUACUUGAUAGGACAGAGAAAUUGAGAGGGAAGGGGAGAUAGAGUAGAGAUACCCGCAGACCUGCUUAUGAAGCUUCCCUCCUGCAGGUGAGGAACAGGGGCUUGAAUAAUUGACUUUUCAACACAAGACUUACUCCUCCCUUGCCUGUGUUGAGAAGAUCCUCCAGCGGUUGCCUGUCCAGACCAGGGCCGAGACCUGGGGGACAGAAGUGACAUCUUAGGCAUCCCUUCCUCCAGGUGUGGCCGCAGGAGCAGGAUGUCGGCGGAGGCAGGCCCCGCAGCCGUGGAGCCGGAGGAGCUUGGGAUGGUGAAGCUGGAGGGGACUGCCAGGCAGGACGAGCCCUGGCAGCCGGGUUCCGUGAAGCUGGAGGAGGAGGAGGAGGCCGGCCUGGAGGGCCUGCAGCGGCCCGGGAUCCGGCCUCGGCCCGAGGUGGCACACCAGCUCUUCCGUUGCUUCCAGUAUCAGGAGGACAUGGGGCCUCGGGCAUCGCUGUCCCGACUCCGCGAGCUGUGCGGCCACUGGCUGCGGCCAGAGCUGCGCACCAAGAAGCAGAUGCUGGAGCUGCUGGUGCUGGAGCAGUUCCUGAGUGUGCUGCCCCCACAUCUGCUGGCCCGACUGCAAGGCCAGCCGCUCCGUGACGGAGAGGAGGUGGUGUUGCUGCUGGAGGGAGUGCAGAGGGACACGGGCAGUGCGGGGCCACUGGAUUUCAGUUUCAGUGCUAACAAGCAUGGUUCCCAUGCCACUGCCAUCCUGGAGGAACCAGGAGGUCCACCCCAGGUUCCCAGCCAGAGCCCCAAAAAAGAAGUGAACUCAGAAAGGUCUGCUGCGUUGGAGGCACCUGGGGGGCCCCUGCCCACCUGGUCUGCUGAGCUGGACACCUGGAGGUAUCCCCCAGGUUCACAGCAGCCACUCAGCCCAGACCCCAAGAGGCCAUUCCACUUCGUGCAAGAGAUGCUGUCUGGCCCUCAGGGCACCAUGGUGUGGCCGGAUGAGAACACCCGGGACCAGGAGUUGGUGGCUGUGCUGGAGUCCCUCUCUUUUGAAGAUGUCCCAGCCAAGAAGGUGUGGCCCAUGUACCCCCAGGGAUUUACCAGUAGAAUCUCGGAUGGGGACUUGAAAGAAGAGGCGCCUGCCAUCUCUGCAGAGUCCGGGGCAGAGAGUCCCAGGCGAGCAGCAGAGCCCCAGGCCCAGCCCAUUCAGCAGGGCCCCGAGGUGCCAGGAGGGUCCCCUGUCGGCUCCUGUGACAUUUUGGAGGUGUCAGUGACCGCGGAGAGCGCCAAGAAGGACUCGCGGCUCAAGUGCAUCUGCACAGACUGCGGCGACAGCUUCCCUAGGAUGUCCCAUCUGGAGGAGCACCGACUGCGCGCCCACCAGGCCCGCGCCUUCGCCUGCCUGUGCUGCGGGAAGCGCUUCGGCCGCAGCUCCAUCCUCAAGCUGCACAUGCGCACGCACACGGACGAGCGCCCUCACGCCUGCCAGAUCUGCGGCCUCCGCUUCCGCCAGACCUCGCACCUGAGCAAGCACCUGCACACGCACAGCGCCGAGCCUGCCUUCCGCUGCGCAGAGUGCGGCCAGGGCUUCCGGCGCCGCAACAGCCUUCUGCGCCACCUGCUAGCGCACGCCCAGAGCUCAGAUACCCCUGGAGCCCCAGAAUCCAAGGUGGGGAUGCCCGAGCUGACCGUGGUUCUCUGCUCCCACUGCGGCCAGACCUUCCAGCGCCGCUCCAGCCUCAAGCGCCACCUGCGCACCCACGCCCAGGCCCAGGGCCACCAGUGCUCCGAGUGCGCAGGCAGCCCGCACCAGGGCCCCGACCAGCGGCCCCAUGUGUGCGGCGUGUGCGGCAAGGCCUUCCGGCGCACAGAGCACCUGGGCGCACACCGGCGGGUGCACACGGGCGAGCGCCCUUUCUCCUGCCAGGUGUGUGGCCGCUGCUUCAGCCAGAGCUCGCAGCUGGUCUGCCACCAGCGGGUGCACACCGGCGAGAAGCCCUACAGCUGCCCACACUGCGGGAAGCGCUUUGUGCGGCGCGCCGGCCUGGCCCGCCACCUGCUGACCCAUGGCGGCCCGCGGCCCCACCGCUGCGCGCAGUGCGGCAAGAGCUUCAGCCACACGCAGGACCUGGCGCGCCACCGGCUCAGCCACACGGGCGAGAAGCCCUGCCGCUGCGGCGAGUGCGGUGAGGCCUUCAGCCAGAAGGCGCACCUGGCACGCCACCUGCGCAUCCACACGGGCGAGAAGCCGCACGCCUGCGACACCUGCGGCCACCGCUUCCGCAACAGCUCCAACCUGGCGCGCCACCGCCGCAGCCACACGGGCGAGCGCCCCUACCGCUGCCAGACGUGUGGCCGCAGCUUCCGCCGCAAUGCGCACCUGCAGCGGCACCUGGCCACGCACGCGGGGGACGCAGGGGCGCAGGCCGAGACCCCCCAGGAGUGCCCCGAGUGCGGCAAGAGCUUCAGCCGGCCCUGCAAUCUGCUGCGCCACAUGCUGGUGCACACGGGCGCACGGCCCUACUCCUGCGCGCAAUGUGGCCGCAGCUUCAGCCGCAACUCGCACCUGCUGCGCCACCUGCGGACGCACACGCGAGAGGCCCUGUACUAGCGGCGCCCGGCUCUGCCUGUGUGCCAGCCUGAGGGCUCCAUCCUUGCUUGUCUUGUUCUAACUUCAAAUCUUACCCCAACCCUCACCUUCAACAAGGUCUGGGGGCGCUACCAACCCAAAGGUCCAGAGUAGGGGGUGGCAAAUAUAUCUUUAUCCUGUUUUUUUUUUAAGUACAAAAAUUGAGACAGAAGGGAGAGAGAGAGAGAGAGACCUGCAACACUGCUUUAUUACUGUGAAGCUGCCUCCCUGCAGGUAGGAACCGUGGGCUUGAACUUGUGCACUGAUAUGUGUGCCCUCCACCAGGUGGACUACUACCCAGCCCCAAGAGUUUGUCCUUAGUUCUGUCCAGCUGUUUCACUGAUUAAAAUGAAAGGAAGGUAGACAGGCGGUAGCGCAGCAGGUUAAGCGCAGGUGGCACAAAGAGCAAGGACUGGUUUAAGGAUGCCGGUUCAAGUCCCCUGGCUCCCCACCUGGAGGGGAGUCGCUUCACCACAGGUGAAGCAGGUCUGCAGGUAUCUCUCGUUAUGUCUUCCUCUCCUCUCUCCAUUUCUCUCUCUGUCCUAUCCAACAGCAUCAAUAACUACAACAAU